AUGAGACCAACAUCUUCUCCUUCUACUCCAUCCAACAUCAACAUCAACACCAACAUGACUGUCAGUCCAAGCAGUCCAAGUGGCACUAUUAUAAGUCCAAGCAAUAGUACAAGUACAGGUACUGGCAGUGGUACCAGUUCUACAGGGAUGAAGGUAUUUCGCUUGGUUCGCAAUUUUGUGGUUUCCGUGGCAAUUUGGGAAUCUAUCACUUUUGACACAAAACCCUUCAAGGACCAAUGGGCCGAGUUAUACACAAAUACCAGUACAAUCACUACUAGUACAAGCACACUGAAUACCAACCAAAUCAGUCUCAAAGAUUUGCUACCCACCGUCCUUGUGAAGAAGGAAGUUGAGGAAUUUUCAGUCACACAUCUGGACUCCAUAAAUACCCUAACUCCCUCCCAUCCGGUGCAUUGCUACCACCACGCCUUGUGCUGUGGGAAAUGGGACGUCAAUGCCGAUGAAUGGUGGACUCAUCAUCCCCAGUGGUUCAAGACCAAACAAGACAACUUGCAAUUGGCUAAAAUUGGAUUCUGCUUUGCUCCUACUCAAAAUCAAGAUCAUUUGGCAUUCUUGCAAGAACUGCACCAACUGCAGUGGGGCAUUGAUAUACAAUCACAACAAUCCACAACAAGUCUACAACAACUUGCCAGUGUCAUUCCAGAAUCGUACAAUUUCACAGACGUCAACUGCUCCAAUCCGGUCACUGCUGUCCCCAUUAGUUCCGGAUACGGAGCCAGUUUGUCACACAUUUACAAGUCGUUCUGGUAUGCCUUUACCAGUCAGCAACCAUUCCUACUCAUCAAACGAGGUCCUUGGAUGUAUGCUACCAAAGACGUCAACCAUACGUGGGCGUACUGUCCAACCCGGGAUUUUGGUUGUCUCUACCUUCCACUCUCGCCGUGUUCGAGGGAGAGACCACAGGACAUGCACAAACCGCACAUGAGCCGUAGACCCAACCAGAAGGAUCCAUUGCAAGCCAUGCAGUGGUUGUGGUUGCGCGAUUACAUGACACGACCCAAUCAGAAAUUUCAACAUGAAUUGGCAAAACUACAAGAGCCAUACAUUCCACUCCUUCAAAACAGUCACUGCAUUGCCUUGCAUGUACGUAGAGGAGAUUCGGGUGUACCACGACAACCCUUUCGACGAUAUGCUGCCAUUCAAGAAUAUCUCGAUAUUCUACCACCAAAAGCCAUCACACGGCAAAAUAAAAAGAAACCCACCAUUUUCUUAUUGACCGACGAUGCCACCACCAUUGACGAACUCUACCAAUAUCACAUCAAUGUUACGACGCAUCCUCAAUUCCACUGGAUCUACACCCAAAAAUUGCGCAAUCGGGCCACCGAAUUGGGAUUUGAAAUGCACAUUCCAGUCUCCAGCGAUGGACCCCAGGAACUGCUAUGGAUUACGGCAGAACUCAAUUUGGCCGCCCAAUACUGCACUGCACUCCUCCAUGGGACUUCGGGGUAUGCCGAUCAACUCUAUGAUCGCAUGCAAUUCUAUGCCGGCGAGAAAAACAAUAACAGCAACAAGAACAAUCAGAACAACAAUCAGAACAACAAUCAGCUCCAACGGUAUUAUCUCGAUACGACUGUACGGAAACAUCAAAUACAACAAUAUCGUGGCAAAAUCAAAGAGCGAGAAAACGUGCUGUUGCAAAGUAUGGCGGAUUUCUACGCCAAUCGAACAACCACGAGAAGUACGACUGGUCAUAAUAAUGGGACAGCGGGGGCGCGGUAA